UUCAACACUACUAUAUAACAAAUAAUUUGAGUAGAGAGGAUGGUAUAAGACUCGAGACAAUAACAUGGCAAAGUCAGGAUCAAGAGACGUGGCGGGAGUGGAACUUAAGAAGUUGCGGAAUAAGAAGCUGACCAGCACUGAGUUUAUGCAGGUUUGGUUCCACUACGACAAGGACAAGAGCGGUUUCCUGGAGUAUGUGGAGUUCUCACAGUUCAUGAAGGACUUGUUUCUCAAGGGGGACUGUGUAGAUAUUACCCCAGAACAGGUAGAAAAGUACACUGCAGAAGUAAUACAUUUGAUGGACACGUACGAUGAAAACAGGGACGGAAGAUUCGAGAUGAACGAAUUGGCAAAGGCCCUGAAAAUCGAAGAGAACUAUUUGAACAAGAUUAUCAACAAGAAAUCUAUAAAGGACAAACACGUUCAGUCCGUACUGAAGCACUACGACUCGAACUGCGAUCAGAAACUCCAGGGUAUAGAGUUGAAAGCGUUUGUAGGAGAUCUGGUCAGAUCUACCCCUGAUAUACCAUUCAACUUUACUAUGAUCGAGCAAGCGUGUAACUACAUUGAGGAAAUGUCUGGUGAAAACAUGCUCAACAUCGACGCUAUAAAACUGAUUCUAAGUCUGGACAACAGGCAGCAGCUACACCGCAAACUGAGCGAGCAGGCGAAGUAGUGGAGGAGAGAUUUGUGUGAGAGGAUCGAGGGUAGAUGGUGCAAUGAAACCUUCAAUUACUGUUGGAUAUUGCUCGAGAGAGAUAAGGAACUCAGAGGAGAAUACUUUAUUUGUACCUAACUGAACAGUAAACAAACCGAGUUUAAGAUGCUGGUGUCAUAUCGCACGUGCAAGGUGACUUUGCGCGAGAAAUUGCGCGAGAAAUUGUUCGUGACGAGUCUUGCACGGUACAACAGAAGAUUUAUAUCAGAAGUGCUGUAAUCUCAUUUAAAUUACUCUCGACUUAUAAUUAAUUGACGGUGAAAUCCCGAUUUAUGAGAUUGAUUAUGAUAUAUUUUGACAAAAUUAUAUGAGAGUAGAUUUUUCUGACUUUAUCAUGGAUAUAUUAUAAUAGGCAAGCGGAAGGUGACUAAUUAAUUGAUAUUUUAUUACUACGACGCGAAGAAAAUGAAACCAUAAUGCCUCCCAGAUUUUUAUUUAACUACAUUCACCUGUGUUGUCUGUUGACCCCA